CGUACGGAUCUUCUAAACAACAAAUCUUCAAUUUCACUCGUCGCCAGUGCGAAUUGUCUUCUGAUAUUUAUUUUACCAUUAACGACAGUUAUUAUAGCGCUUUAUUAUUCGUGUUAAUCGCAAAUUUACCAUCUAAUUCCUCAAUGAAAUUACGGCAACGCGCAAGACUAUGAAGCAGUCCUUUAUAAGGAGAACAGAUUUGGAACUUUUUACUGUUUACGUGUUACCUUCUUACCAAGUGAUAGUAGUAAGUGCUUUUACAAUUUAAAUCAAAUGGAUGAAACUUUACCCUUUUCACGAAACAUCAGAAAAUGAUUCGAACAAUGGUCCACCAACAGCUUGUAUCUAAUAAAUUUUUAAUUUUCUCCAUCUUCUUCACAUGCGUUUUGUUUGCGACAGUGGGGGCAAAAAAAGUUAAUUGCAAAAAGUACGUGUAUGCCCCAAUUUGCCGAGGGGUGGCCGCUAAGCGAUCCCUAAAGGAAAAUUGGCACAAAAUGUACCGGCCAAACCACGCUCUCUUUUCACCCAACAUUGACACCGUUAUUCAGAGUGGUGGUGCGAAUAAAGAAUCUCCCCAUAACAGCAUCCUGAUUAGUCGAUUGAUGAAGCAAGCAUCUCGACCUUUCAGUGAUUACAACAGUCUGUGAUAAGAACAGUCCCUUUGCAAUGGUCUGGAGUUAUUUAAAAGUAAACAUCAGUAUUAAAAAUCGUAUUACUAUUAUAUUAUUUAUUUAUGUAUUUAUUGUUCUUGUUGCUGUAUUGCUACAAAAUGUUUAUGAGUGUUUAAUGUUAAUGAUGUAUAAGUGCGAU